AGUAAGCUGGUGUGCCACAUGACCAACUGGGCCCAGUACAGACCCAGCAUUGCCAAAUUCACCCCACAAAACAUCGACCCCUUCCUGUGCACCCACGUCAUCUACGCUGUGGCCACCAUCAACAGCUUCAACCAACUCACCACCGUCGAGUGGAAUGAUGAGCAGCACUACGGCGCACUCAGCAACCUCAAGAAUGCAUUUAUUGCCAUGGUCUCCAAAGCUGAGAGUCGUACAACCUUUGUCAGGUCCGCCAUCAGCUUCCUGCGCACUCAUAACUUUGAUGGGCUGAACCUGGCUUGGGAAUAUCCUGGACAAAAUGGCAGCCCAGCAGAGGACAGGGAGAGGUUCACUCUGCUGGUUGCGGAGCUAGCCAAGGCCUUUGAGGAUGAUGCCAAAGAAAACAGGAGGACUCGGUUGCUGCUGUCGGCCAAUGUUGCUGGAUUGCGUGAAACCAUUAACCAAGGAUAUGAAGUCGACAAAAUUUCAGCCUACCUUGACUUCAUGAAUGUCAUGACCUACGACUACCAUGGAUCCUGGGAGAAAGUUACUGGACACAACAGCCCACUGUACCAGAGUCCCCUGGACGCUGGCUCAAUCGCUCAUCACAACAUAAACUCUUCUAUCUCCCACUGGAUCUCUUUGGGAGCUUCAGCUGAGAAGCUGCUGCUGGGUUUCUCAACAUAUGGACGAACCUUCCGUCUUACCAGUGGUGCUAAUGGCCUGGGAGCACCAGCCAAUGGCCCUGCAGAUGAGGGACCCUACACUCGCACUGCUGGUUUCUGGUCUUACUAUGAGGUCUGUGACUUCAUCAACGCUGCUCAUGUUGGAUGGAUUACUGAACAGAAGGUUCCAUAUGCCACCUAUGGCAGCUCCUGGGUGGGCUAUGAUGACAGGUCCAGCUAUUCUUACAAGGUCCAAUGGAUGACUGCCAACAAGUUGGGAGGUGCUCAUGUGUGGACAAUGGACAUGGAUGACUUUACCGGAACCUUCUGCUCAGCUGGAGCUUAUCCUCUCAUCAACCACCUCAGGAUGUCAAUGGGCUUCGCUCCAAAGCCCACCACCACACCAGCCCCUACCACCACCAGGGACCCACUCGCUGACUUCUGCCGGGGACGCCCCGAUGGUUUGUACGAGAACACAGCUGACAAGACCACUUACUUCCAGUGCUUCCAGGGAAACACCUACCUGCACUACUGCCAGCCCGGACUCAUCUACUGGGACUCCUGCAAGUGCUGCAACUGGCCCUGA